AGCUUUUUGGUCGCACUCAUAACGCCAUUCGUUGGGUUAGCGAAGGUUAGGAUUCGAAUCAUUUGAUAGUCACUUCAAAUAAUAAUAAUAAUAUCAAUAAUUUUCCUUCUCUACGUCUUUCUUUCUCCUGUUUGCUUUCUUCGAUCACUAUCCAUACUUGCUUAACAUGUCGCAACUUCGAAAGAUCCAGAAAAACCCCAAAGCUUGGUUGGUAGCCGCGAUAGCAACUUCGGUGAUUGCGGUGUCGGUUCUGGUCUAUAACGCGUAUACGACCCAAGACGAGCCCGUAGAAGACUCUAUAACGAGCCAAGAAAGACCAGUCAUUCUGCGGAAACAGUCAAGGAAGUAUACAAACAAAUCAAUUGCACUCACCUUGUCACAUUCAAUCCUCAGCUCACAACUCCCACUUAAUGAGAUUUUACUCAACUCUGAAAAUGUCACAUUUAUUUUACCUCCAAACCUUUCGAUUGAUGAUUUAGAAUACAAUAUAGCACGUGGAGAAUCUUCCUCCUCUUCUUCUUCUACAACUUCUUCGGUUGGUUUGCCGAAGACAAUGACUGCAAACUACAAGUUACUCAACUGUCUGAACAUACAAGGAUACUUCAAUCUUCUCAAGAAUUUGAAGCCAGAUAUGCUCCUUGUGUGUAGUGAUGACUUGGGGAUCUCCAAGUAUAUCCCUCAUGAUAUAGACAAGUUUGUUAAGGAAAUAGUUACCCUUGAUCAAAAUAAAGAUCAACUCUACAAACAAUUAUCGCCAUUAUUUUUCAGAUAGUUCAAGAAAUUUGUAUACAAAAAAGCGGGCCGGUGACUGCAAAUACAUAUAUAAAUGGCAUACACGAGUACAAUAUGUAGUAGUUACA